AUGUCGUCCUACAGUCUAUUAUUGCUUCUUGCUUUUUAUGUAAAAAUAAGUGUUGACAGUGUGAUGAUAGUAACAAGAGGAACGCCUGAAGUUUAUGUUGAUUCCAUCAGUCUCGAACUGAUUUGGGAGGAAUGUUUGACCAACUGUACUCAAAACGACUUGUGUGUAGCUGUCCAUACAAUUGGAGAUGGGAACUGUCAGAUAUUCGAGUUUGGAGAUUUGCAGACAGUUAAAAGGAGCAAUGAUAUUGAAUCCAAGUUUGCUUACAAAGUGAAAAAUGAGAACGCUUCUACUUGUCCGGCAGAUGAUACUGUAGGAGAGACGGUACAAGAAUUCCGAUUUUUCUCUGAAACUCUUCUAGCAUGUUGUUUAUAUCCCAUUGUUUCAGAAUUCCAUCAUCGGAAUAAAUGGGACUUCUGGUCGUCAAGACAAGCUGCUGCUAGGAGAUGGUUCAAUGCUUCCUAUCCAUUGUAUGCCGUGUGGAUAUCCGGUGUUAAAAAACCAGAAUGUGUCGGAAAUGCGAGCUGUCAAGGAUUGAGUGCCUUCUCAUUCGCCGACCCAACCCUAUCUGCCAACCCGACCGGUUAUCUAUUCAACACAGGAAAACCAGAUGGAACUGGAGAAGAUUGUUUAGCUUUUCGAGUUAACAGUGACAGAACAUGUGGAAUUGAUAAUGUCCAGUGCGAUCAGGGUAGAACAUCAGAUAAUUCAACAUGCCUUAAUGGAGUAGUAUGCGGUUUCCCACCAACUUGA